AUGGAUCCACUCAGCAUCACAGCCAGCAUAAUUGCAGUGCUCCAGCUCUCCGCGAAGGUCCUUGGAUACCUCAAUGACGUUAGGGAUGCGCCCAAAGAUCGGGCCAAGUGCGCGAUUGAGGCCUCGAGCGUGCACAAUCUCCUUACUAGUCUGAGGUUCCUCCUUGAGGAGGAAAACGCUAAUGUGCCGUGGUACAAGGCUGUCUGUGACCUUGGAGUUCAGAAUGGACCGCUCGACCAGUUUAGGCAAGCGCUGGAAACCCUGCAGAGUAAGAUAACAGACGGGGGUCGAUUGAAGAAGGUCGUCGAAGCGCUAGUAUGGAAGUUCAAGAGGGAGGAGAUUGCUAGCAUACUAGAUCAAAUAGAG